UGUUAUGGUGAAUUAAGGCUGACCCGAGUCUACAGAGAGCACUGGGUGCAGCGGUAUCUAGAGUGAGCAGAAACCAAGAGGAGUGAUUCAAAACAAAAUCCCACAUCACGCUCCUUCUUAAACAAAAGCAAAAGGCAGGAAUUUUACCUCCGAGGAAAAUAGCUGCAAGUUACACAUGCAGAGCGUCAACAUUUUACAGUCCACACGCAGUUAACGACACUAACCAUGGUGAUACUGUCGGAGGAUGGGCGAGACGCAAUGAGCCGGGUUGGUAAACCUCUCCAGGUUGGCUUCUAUGAGAUCACCCGUACACUGGGGAAAGGAAACUUUGCUGUGGUGAAGCUGGCAAGACACAGAGUCACUAAAACACAGGUCGCCAUUAAAAUCAUCGACAAAACCCGUUUGGAUGCAUCAGACUUGGAGAAACUCAACAGAGAAGUUAAAAUCAUGAAGCUUCUGAACCAUCCACACAUCAUAAGACUUUACCAGGUUAUGGAAACCAAGAAUAUGCUGUACAUUGUAACAGAGUAUGCAAGUAAUGGGGAGAUGUUUGAUUAUCUUGCAAGCAAUGGUCAUCUGAGUGAGGACGAAGCUCGCAAGACAUUCGGGCAAAUCAUCUCUGCUGUAGAGUAUUGCCACAGACGCCACAUUGUACAUAGAGACCUUAAAGCUGAAAAUUUACUGCUGGACAGCAACAUGAACAUCAAACUGGCAGACUUUGGUUUUGGAAAUUUCUUUGUACCUGGAAAGCCUCUGAAUACCUGGUGUGGAAGUCCACCUUAUGCAGCACCGGAGAUCUUCAAGGGAAAGGAAUAUGAGGGACCGCAGCUAGACAUCUGGAGUCUAGGUGUGGUUCUCUAUGUGCUAGUGUGUGGAUCGCUGCCCUUCGAAGCUGCCUCACUUCCAGCCCUGAAACAGUGUGUCAUAGAGGGACGCUUUAGGAUUCCUUACUUCAUGUCACAGGAGUGUGAGAACCUGAUACGGAGGAUGCUGGUGGUGGAUCCAACCAAACGUAUCAGUCUGGCGCAAAUCAAGCAGCACUGCUGGAUGAAAGCUGAGCCGAUAGCAGUGUGCCAGGCUUUAUUUAACGCUCCUGAGCCUGAGAGGCACGGCCAGGCAAAUAGUUACAACGAGCGAGUGCUCAGUCUCAUGCAGACACUGGGCAUUGACAAGCAGAGGACCGUUGAAUCUUUACAGAAUGACAGCUACAACCACUUCUCGGCCAUUUACUGGCUCUUGCUGGAGAGACUGACGAACGGACAAGAACAAAUCAAAAACGCUCCAGAUUGUUACAACCCACCAGUGUUGAGAAAUUCAUUCCCUGCAAGCCGACCCAUGUUACCGUACAGAAACACUCCCUCUCCCAGCAACUUACAAGAUGGUGGAUUAAGCAGAGCGAUACGAGUACAGGACAGGAGCACCAUGCACAGACACACUGACCCUCACACUGAGGUGUCAUCCUUUAAAAGCUGGUGUCACCCACCAAAUAUUGUGGUGGAUCUAGUGGACAGUGCCACUGCAGACAUCUCUCCCACCUCUUCCUUCACUGUCUCCAGCAGCUCUUUCACUUCCCCUGGUGCUCUUUUAGACCCACAAAAUCGUAUGAACCAAUUUCAUGGAGAGUUUCCUUUUUCACUGAAAUCAGAAAGAAGCCCUUGCACUCAUUCAUCUGUCCUGAGGUUCCAGACAAGUCUGCAAGUUCCCAAUUUCCAGGAGGGCAGAAGAGCCUCAGACACGUCACUGCCCCAAGGUCUGUGGGCUUUUCAUGAGCAUUUGAGCAAGAAUGUUCACACAACAGGCAAGUUUGGUUUGAACAAAGUUCCUGUGCAGUACACAUGGCCCCCAAUACCCAACCCAGAACACACUAAUAAACCUCCAACACAAUCAUGGGAGCAUCUCCAUGGCCAGACUGAGGGCCUUCAGCACCAUCAAUGGACAUCUAAUAUUCGUUCUCGGCAUCCCCAUCUGCCAAAAAAGCCAUCUCCUCCUCCUCCUCCUACUGCGGCUAUCCAGAAUCACUCCAUCCAUCCAGCACUACACUUUGAGAGUCACUUAGCUUCUUUAUCCACUUCGGGUUACCGCAAAUUCCACUGCAACCCAUCAUCCCUCCUUCACACACCGCAGAGACUGCUCUGUCCUCAACACUAUCCACCGUCUCACUCCUGUGUGCCAGCAACCUAUAUGUGCUCCACUUCUAGCUGUUCUUCCUCAAACAUGGUGGAUUCCACCAGACUGCUCCUGGAGGCACAGCUGCAGAUAAAACCAAGCUCACGCUGAUGUUCAUUAGUAGUAACGGAGGUUUCCAUUGUUUCUGGUCACCUCUUUUGAUUUUAUAGCAAUGUAGCAACAAAUUCUAGAGCUGUUCCACUUACAGCAGAAGUAACAAAUCUAUCAUUUUAACCUGGAGAAAACACAAGGGUUUAUAAGUCCCUCUGCAUAAGAAGAUCUGCAAAAUGACUACUGUACAUGUAAAUGUAAAAUUCAUUUAAUAUUGAGUCACUUUUACCUCCACAAAAUAAUGGGAACACACAUAUUUCUGGGCUGCUGUUUAAAAUGCUAUUGACUGCUAUUAAGUGUGCAAAAAUACUAAUGGAGGAGCAAAAAUAUCCUAUUUUUAUUCCUAAGCACCUUAUCCAGGGUCCUUUAGGGGUGUUUUUUCUCAUGUAUUUCCAUCCAUCCAUUUUCUCUACCGCUUAUCCUUACUGGGUUGCGGAGAACCUGGAGCCUAUCCCAGGACUGGGUGCCAAUUCAUCACAGGGCACACUCACACACACAUUCACAUAACCCUUCAUAUACUAUGGACACAUUUUGUACAUGCCAAUCAACGUACAAAGCAUGUCAGUGGACUGGGGGAGGAAACCGGAGUACCCGGAGGAAACUCCCAAAGCACGGGGAGAACAUGCAAACUCCACACAAACAGCACUGCAGCGGUAAUCGAACCCCCCAACCCUGUAUUUAAAUAAGCAAUAAUUAUUUUUUAUGUUCCUUGUAUUGCUUGAUAUGUACAAUGCAAUCUGACCGCGAUUGGAGUAGAUGGAUGAUAAUAGAUAAUUCAUCUAUGCCAUCAAUGAUCACAUUGUGUGUGCUUUGUAUUGUGUAUAAUCUGUAUUUAUUCACCCUAUGCUUAUCUCUGUUCAUAUUUUGAUGCCAAACCAAAGAAGUAUUUAUUGAUUCGUUGUAAAUAUACAAGGAUGAAUGAUGUGCA